GAGGGAGACAGAAAGACUGAGAUAAGUUCAGCACGGACAGCGCACCAGAGCGCUGGAGAGGAGAAAUCAGUUGAGUGGAUUUGAGCUGCGCGCAGUCAUGCCUCCCUGAACCACUGGAGCCUGUACUGUACACACAGACCGUCAUUCUCGCCCUGCGCAGCUGGGGAUCGGUUGUUGUUGUUGUCUUGUUUUAUCCAGGAAUCGCUAAAUAAGGCUGAGGAGAGAAGCGCCUUGCGUUUGCAAGCACAGGGCAGUCUGUCGGCGCGUUCUUUACAUCAUCUCUUUACUGGAGAGAGAGAGAGAGAGAGAGAGAGAGAGAGAGAGUGGGAGAGAGAGAGUGAGAGAGUGAGUCCGUGCAGUCAGGCUCCUCUUCGCCAGUCCUCAACUGCGAAGCGAGUCUGAAGGACCGACUGGCGUCAGCACCACCCGGCUGUUUUUGUCUGAGUGUUUCCUCUCCCUCUCCCGUUCUGCUGCGACCACACCGGCCGUGAAGAUGCACCGGCACCGUCCUGCCCUGGGACUGAGGCUGUUAUUGCCGGUCGCUUUGUGGAUUUUCAGCCAUGUCAACGGAGUGCACGGAGCUUUGCCAACAACCCAGAAGUGUGACGAGGCUCUAGCCUCCCCUUUGGCCCACACAGCCUUCACCAGCUCGUCUGUCUUCUCAAAUGGAUAUGCACCCGGAUAUGCUAAGCUCAACAGGAGAGGAGGUGCUGGUGGAUGGUCACCUCUGGACAGUGACCAUUACCAGUGGUUACAGGUGGACCUGGGUUCCAGAAAGCAGGUGAGCGCCAUAGCAACGCAGGGCCGCUACAGUAGCUCCGACUGGACAACGCGGUAUCGUCUCCUCUACAGUGACACAGGAAGGAACUGGAAACCCUAUCACCAAGACGGAAACAUUUGGGCCUUCUCUGGGAACUCCAACUCAGAGAGCGCCGUUCGGCAUGAACUGCAGCAGGGAAUCGUUGCACGAUUCCUAAGGCUUGUCCCACUGGACUGGAGCGAAGAAGGGCGGAUUGGUCUGCGCAUAGAAGUCUAUGGAUGCUCCUACUGGGCCGGCGUGAUCAACUUCGAUGGACAGGGUGUAAUCUCAUAUCGUUUUAAGAUGAAGAAGAUGAAGAUAAUUAAGGAUGUGAUUGCACUGAGGUUCAAGACAUCAGAGAGCGAGGGUGUGAUUCUUCAUGGGGAGGGCCAACAGGGAGACUACAUCACCCUGGAGCUUCGCAAGGCCAGGCUGCUGCUGCAGAUAAACCUGGGCAGCAAUCAGUAUGGCUCUAUUCUGGGUCAUACCUCUGUGACCACUGGCAGCCUCUUGGAUGACAAUCACUGGCACUCAGUGGUGAUUGAGCGCUACCGUCGUAAUGUUAACUUCACCUUGGACAGACAUACCCAGCACUUCAGGACCAAUGGAGAGUUUGACCACCUUGAUUUGGACUACGAGUUAAGCUUCGGGGGGAUGCCAUACAGUGGGAAGCCAGUGGGAGGAGGAAGAAAGAACUUUAAAGGCUGCAUGGAGAGCAUCAACUACAAUGGAGACAACAUUACAGACCUGGCCCGCCGAAAGAAGCUUGACACCUCCAGCUUUCGUAACCUGUCCUUUUCCUGUGUGGAGACCCACACCUUCCCAGUCUUUUUUAAUGCCACCAGCUUCCUGCAGUUGCCAGGCCGAGCCAAUCACAACACAAUAUCUGUGAGCUUUCAGUUUCGUACGUGGAACCCCGAUGGGCUCCUCCUCUUCGGUAAUCUUGAUGAUGGCACGCUGGAGAUCUCCCUCGAUGACAGCAAAGUUGUAGUUCAUAUCAACGUGACGACUGCGGCCAGCAACAACCGGGUGGACCUGCUGUCAGGUUCAGCCCUUAACGACGGCCAAUGGCACGCAAUACGCUUGGUCGCCAAAGAGAACUUUGCCAUGUUGACGAUAGAUGGCGAGGAGGCGUCUGCUGUGCGCUCCACCUCACCUCUCACCAUCACAACGGGAGGAACCUAUCACUUGGGAGGCUAUUUUCUCCAGACGCUCUUCCCACCUUCCCAGCGUUCCUUCCAGGGCUGCAUGCAAGCGAUUUUGGUGGACGACCAACCAGCUGAUUUGCAUGCAGUGGAAAAAGGCACCAUGGGGGCUUUUGAGAAUGUCAGCUUAGACAUGUGUGCAAUCAUUGACAGGUGUAUGCCUAAUCACUGUGAACAUGGCGGCCGGUGUAAACAGACGUGGGACAGUUUCAGCUGUACCUGUGAUGGAACAGGAUACACUGGAGCCACCUGCCACACUUCUAUCUAUGAGCCAUCAUGUGAGGCCUAUAAGCAUUUGGGCAGGUCCUCUGACACCUACUGGAUUGAUCCUGAUGGCAGCGGACCCCUUGGCCCCUUCAAAGUCAACUGCAACAUGACAGAGGACAAAGUGUGGACAACAGUUAUGAACAACCUGCCACCUAAAACUACAGUGACUGGCUCCAGUAGAGAGAGACGCACCGUCUUGCAGGUUAACUACAGUGCCUCUAUGGACCAGGUGACAGCCAUCACUAACAGUGCAGAAUACUGUGAGCAGCAAAUCGCCUACAGCUGUCGCAUGUCCAGACUGCUCAACACUCCAGAUGGGACCCCUUACACGUGGUGGGUGGGUCGGGGCAGCGAGAAGCAUUUCUACUGGGGGGGAUCAGGGCCUGGCAUCCAGAAAUGUGCCUGUGGCAUCGACAGGAACUGCACUGACCCCAAGUACGACUGCAACUGUGACGCCGACCACAAACAAUGGAGAGAAGAUUCUGGUCUCUUGGUGUAUAAAGAGCAUCUGCCAGUCAGCCAAGUUGCCGUGGGUGACACCAACAGACCGAGCUCUGAGGCCAAGCUGACUGUUGGACCACUCCGUUGCCAAGGAGAUAAUAACUACUGGAACGCUGCAUCGUUUACCACCCCAUCAUCCUACCUGCAUUUUGCUACCUUCCAGGGUGAGACCAGCGCCGACAUCUCCUUCUAUUUCAAGACCAGUGCACCCUACGGCGUCUUUCUGGAAAACCUGGGCAACACUGACUUCAUUCGCUUGGAGCUCAAAUCUACUAAAGUCGUCUCCUUCUCCUUCGACGUCGGAAACGGACCUGUGGAGUUAACGGUGCAUUCGGCCACACCUCUCAAUGAUGACCAAUGGCAUCGGGUGAUGGCCGAGCGAAACGUCAAAGAGGCAGUCCUUCAGUUGGAUCAGACAUAUCGAGCAUCUCAGCUGGCUCCUGCACAGGGACACACGCGGCUAGAGCUGUUCAGCCAGCUCUACGUGGGUGCUGCAGGAGGGCAGAGGGGGUUCCUGGGCUGUAUCCGAGCCCUGCGGAUGAACGGCAUCACCCUCGACCUGGAAGAGAGAGCUAAGGUCACACCUGGAGUCAAGCCAGGUUGCCAAGGCCACUGCACCAGUUUUGGGAUGUACUGCCGGAAUGGAGGGAAGUGCAUGGAGAAAUACAACGGCUAUUUGUGUGACUGCACAGCCACUGCCUAUGACGGCCCGUUCUGCACUAGAGAUGUUGGGGGUUUCUUUGAGGCAGGAACGUUGGUCAAGUACAACUUCCUGCCUGAAGCAGUUGCGGGAGCCAGUAGGGACACAAAGAUUGUGACCCACGAGCUGACGCCACAUGAAGUGAAUCUAACAAAGGAGGAAGUGGCCUUUAGUUUCAGCACAUCCAAUGCUCCAGCUAUUCUGAUGUAUGUCAGCUCCAAGACGCAGGACUAUCUGGCUGUUGUUUUAAGGCAGAAUGGUUCACUACAGGUGCGGUAUAACCUGGGAGGUCUGAGGGAGCCAUUUGCUAUAGAUGUGGACCAGCGUAACCUGGCUAACGGACAGCCACAUAGCAUUAACAUGUCCCGUGUCGACAGAAGCAUCACCAUCCAGUUGGAUCAUUACCCUCCAGUGAGCUACACACUCCCAGAUGCCUCAGACACACAGUUCAACCUGGUCAAGACGCUGUUCUUGGGCAAAGUCUUUGAAACGGGGCAUAUAGACCCGGUCAUCAUCGAACGUUACAACACCCCAGGCUUUGUUGGGUGUCUGUCACGGGUGCAGUUCAACGGAGUAGCCCCCCUCAAGUCUGCACUGAGAACUGCUGCACAGGCUCAGGCCACGCCGACAGCCGCUCAACCAGGCAGACAACCUGCAGCCGCCUCACCGGUGUCUUACCAGGGCAAGUUAGUGGAGUCCAACUGUGGGGCAUCACCUCUCACCAUCCCACCAAUGUCUGCUGCAACAGAUCCCUGGCAUCUGGACAACACAGAUGCAGAGUUCCCGUUCAAUGAGGAGAGAGUAAUUCCUGAUGGAGUCAACAGAGACUCAGCCAUCAUUGGAGGUAUCAUCGCGGUGGUGAUCUUCACCAUCUUAUGUACUCUGGUGUUCCUCAUCCGCUACAUGUUCCGUCACAAAGGCACCUACCACACCAACGAGGCCAAGGGCAGCGGGGAGUCCGCCGGGGAAUCAGCAGACACGGCCAUCAUUGGCACCGACAACCCUGAAACCAUCGACGAAUCAAAGAAAGAGUGGUUCAUCUAACAACCAAUGGCGGUGCUUUGAACAGGGAAGUGAUUCGUCAGACCACCAGUUGCCACACAGAUGGAGGAGGUUUAAUCCAAUGACCAAUCACAGGAGAGAUGAAGGAAAGGCCAUUCAACAGGACAAUAAUCUCCCAGAGCAGGCGGGGAUGUGGGAAAGACGUGUACAGAAAAUCUUUUGUUUGUUUGUUUGUUUUGUUUUUUAUAUAUCCAGAGUAUUAGAAAAGAGAAGAGGGACAGUUAUGCAGCGGGGCACAGCUGUAAGAGACUGUACAUGUAUAUACUAACUGGCUUGUCCUUCUUUGUAUUGUGCUUGGGAGUUUUCAGGAGUCCUUUGAAUACUGUAUAUGACAAAUAAUUAUACUUACUGGGUGUGUGAUAGCACAGAUUUAUUGCCAGUCUCUGUUGCAUUUGAUUUUAUUUUUUAACAAAAAUCUUAUAUCAAAAAUGAUCAAAUCAACAUGCCAAACCCUUUUUUUUUUUGUUAUUUAGGCUGCGGUUGCACCAGUCUGUCAACACUCAUAUCCGUCAAAUGACAUGCCACCUAUAUUGUGGUAAUAUGAAUAUGGAUGCCAAAAGUCACUUUGUAAAUACAAUAUCUUGUGUUAUUUUUUUUUUCUUUUCUCAAAAGAUUUAUUUAUGAUCGAGUACAUACAUUAAACACUAAUGAGAAAUUUCAGAUUUCUGUAUUACAUUGAUAUCAUACGUCUGUCAAUUACAUUAUAUAGGUAUGAAAUAUAGAGUUUUAUGUUUAAAUCUUAUGACAUUCGAUUGUAAGGACCAUUGCUUUCUGAGGAAGGGGGGAGAGGGGUUUCUCAGAGCAUGAUGGGAAAUUAUGACACUCCAUGGUUGGUUUGGCUCAGCACGGCAGCUUCCUUUUCAUUUGGAAUGGGUGAAACAGAGAGAACCUUUACUCAUUCAGACGUAUUUCUGUUUGUUUCUUUGCCAAACUCUGGAGUCGUACGUCGUUUAAUGACCAACUCAGAUUUUGCAUUAAAUGUUUGACUAUGAGUUAAGGAGAUUUUUCAAUAUUUUUACAUCUUAGACUGAUGUUGGGCCGUCGGUUUACAGUGCGUGCAUACACCUGUGCGUAUAUGUCUAGGUCAGAUGAAUAGGAUUUGUUAUAUAGGACAAAAAGAGUGCCAGAAAAGACAGUUAAUACAAGCCCCAGUAUGAGAUCAGACAACUUGCUUGACACUUAAUGAGUUAAUUGAUGCAUUAAAAAAAAACAUUGACCACUAAUAUUUGUCAAGAUCUGGGAGAGGUUAAGAUAAUUGGCUUGCUAAUCCAUCGUGCCUUCAAGGUGUUGAGCCAUGUCGCCUUGCCCCGUUCUACUUAACACAAAACUUAUCACGAAAACUUGACUGCUGCUGCAUGAAUUUUCAUUCAUCAGUUUUCAGAUGUUUUUAUGUUCCCUGGUUUGAGUGGUGCUGUGUUCAACUACCCAUGAAUCUAUCCAUGAAAAAAAUCCAGCAGAUGUCUCACAAACCCUAAAAAAACAAAUCGGACCUUUCCAAGCAUUCUUCUGCAACAAAAGCAGCUAUAUUGAUGUAUAGAAGGUCUGCACACUAUACGGUGCACAAGAGGUUUACACCUACGCUCUGUGAUGCACAUACACAAUUUCAACAGCAGCGUGUUCAGAAUGAGGAGGCUGCUGCUUUGUCGCUGAAUUCCUGAACUGAGCUUCACUCUGACAGCGCCACUGUUGUCCAACACGCAUUCAAAAGAUGUACAAUGUAUAUUUUAUAAACAUGUUUUUCCCUUUUUUCAUUGUUGCAUAUGUUUACCUUACCGUAGCAUUUACAGAUCAGCGUGUUCCAGUCGAAACCAGCUGCCAACUUAAUUUCGUUGUGGAUUUGCUUUUGUGUGUGUCUGUUUUGGGGAAAUUGCUGCCAUGUCACCCUGUCACAUGAUGAUUUUGUACAUCAUCGUGGCCUCAUGGUCGAGUGCUAACUGUAGAUCACAUUAUCAGAAAACAUAAGAACAGCUGGUGAACUCAGCCUGCCUUCAACUGCGGCCUCAAAAAAGACUUUCUCUGUCCAGACAUCACAUCCAUGAAGGCAAAUGAGUGACUUUUCCUUUUCUUUUUAAUAAUUAUAUUACUCAGACUAAACAAAAACACACACGUCCCUGAUAUGUGGUUUGAACGAUGGCAAUGGAUUAUCA